UUCAGAGUUCCCAGUGGCUAGUGGCCAUUUAAAAGUGGAAACUCGCGAACGCGGUAGUUGACGGUGUGUUCCGUGGUGCAUAAGUUGGCAUCGAAGAAGUAGUUCGGAAGAACUUCUCUCUAAAGAAGAGUGCCAAUUUCGCGGAAGGUCCGGUUAAGGAACCAUCCCGGACGCAAGUUUGCGGUCGGAGAGGAGAAAGUAAAGCCCUCGCUGGGCGCGUUACACAAUAGAAACCGCACCCGCGGCACGACACGGCAUCAACGUCAUCGGAGCAAUCCGGUCUCUCAACACCUCGUCGGCAUAGCAACGGAGCAUUACAGGCCCCUAGCAACGCCACCACCACCACCACCACCACCACCGGCCCUAACUACUGUCGAUUACAGCGAGUUCGCUGGUGCAAUAGACGCGUCUCUCGCGCAAUGUCGGUCACAAUGCACGACAACAUGUCGACCAAGAAGCCUUCGGGAGUAAACCGGGUCAGUAGUCGCAGCUGGUUGGUGGCCGCGGGGCUGUUGGUGUGUGUCGGGGCGAUGCUGACCCAGCUGACCACGGUGGCCGCGGAUGCCACGCUGGCCCCGACGACGACGGCCCGGUCGCAGGUUUCGGACGAGGCGCUCGAGAAGGCCCUCAGCGAUAAGCGGUACCUGAUGCGGCAGCUCAAGUGUGCCCUCGGCGAGGUACCCUGCGAUCCGGUCGGGAAGCGGCUGAAGAGUUUGGCACCGUUCGUGCUGCGUGGAGCCUGCCCACAGUGUACGCCGGUCGAGACGACGCAGAUCAAGAAAACGUUGGCCCACCUGCAGCGCAACUUCCCGGCCGAGUGGAACAAGCUCAUACAGACCUACGCCGGGUAGAGUACGAGGAGUUUGGGGGACCAGGACCGGGAAUGACUGACUCGGGCCAUACGGGCCACAAAUCAUCCACAAAUCCUUUCCCGGUUCGCGAAGAUGCAACAAGCUUAUUUUUUAGAACAAAACCGACAAAACAGCAGGAACUUAGUGAA